UACCCAAAAUUCAUUGGCAAUGGAGAAAGUGAUCAAGAGCAGAGUUUACCAAGAGAAUGGAAAGCAAAAGAUGUUAUUCGUUCCGGAAUACGCAUUUCAACCAAUAUAUUUUACAAUAGCAUCGAAAUGCCCUCAUGUGCAUCGACUAUUCCUAUGGAUCAAGAAAGUAUACCUGCCAAUAUCAAAACAUUUUGGUUUUGUCAAUACUGUAACAAGAUAUAUACAUUUAAUAGGAUGCAAGCAGUGGAUCAUCUUUCCCAAGAUUGUUCUACAAAAUCAAACAAGGAAAACUGUCUUCAAAUAGAAUCAACUUAA